GCCAUUUCAAAAUGACCCAACAUUCGAUCCAGAGUUUAUACUGUCUAAGUCCACGGCUGCAGCUGGUCUGUGUUCUUGGUGCCUGAACAUUGUUCGCUUCUAUGAAGUCUACUGUGACGUCGCUCCCAAGCGCCAGGCCUUGGAAGAGGCUAAUAAUGAGCUGGCAGAAGCGCAAGCAAAGCUCACGCUGAUCAAGAACAAGAUUGCAGAUCUAAAUGCCAACUUGGCCAAUCUGACUGCUGAAUUUGAAAAGGCCACAGCCGAGAAAAUCAAAUGCCAGCAAGAGGCAGAUGCGACAAACAGAGUCAUAUCAUUGGCUAACAGGCUUGUUGGCGGAUUAGCUUCGGAAAACGUGCGUUGGGCCGAGUCUGUGGAAAAUUUCCGUGAGCAAGAAAAGACUUUGUGUGGGGAUGUGCUCUUGAUUACUGCAUUUGUUUCCUACGUUGGCUAUUUUACAAAAAAAUACAGGACCGAGCUUCUGGACAAGUUCUGGACUCCUUUCCUCCAGCAGCUAAAGGUGCCAAUUCCCAUCACGCCGGGGCUGGACCCUUUGAGCCUCCUAACUGAUGAUGCAGAUGUAGCAACGUGGAACAACCAGGGGCUCCCCAGUGACCGGAUGUCAACAGAAAAUGCAACUAUACUUUGCAACACAGAGCGCUGGCCACUCAUUGUAGAUGCCCAGCUCCAAGGGAUCAAGUGGAUUAAGAACAAACAUGGAGAAGACCUGAAGGCCAUCCGGCUUGGACAGAGAAGCUAUCUAGAUAUCAUUGAAAAGGCGGUUUCUGACGGAGACACCCUGCUCAUUGAGAACAUCGGAGAGACCGUGGAGCCUGUGCUGGAUCCUCUGCUAGGCCGAAACACCAUCAAGAAAGGAAAAUACAUUAAAAUAGGAGACAAGGAGGUGGAGUACCACCCCGAUUUCCGCCUCAUUCUGCACACCAAGUACUUCAACCCCCACUACAAGCCAGAGAUGCAGGCCCAGUGCACACUCAUCAACUUUCUGGUCACCAGAGAUGGGCUGGAGGACCAACUUUUAGCUGCUGUGGUGGCUAAGGAGAGACCUGACCUAGAGGAACUGAAGGCUACUCUCACAAAACAACAGAAUGAGUUUAAGAUCAUCCUGAAGGAGCUGGAGGAUUCCUUACUGGCUCGACUCUCUGCUGCAUCAGGAAACUUCCUUGGCGACACAGCCUUGGUGGAAAAUCUGGAGACCACCAAGCGCACAGCAAAUGAGAUAGAGGAAAAGGUGAAAGAGGCUAAAAUUACUGAGCUGCAAAUAAAUGAAGCUAGAGAGAACUACAGGCCAGCUGCAGAAAGGGCCUCCUUGUUGUACUUUAUACUGAAUGACCUCAACAAAAUCAACCCCAUCUAUCAGUUCUCGUUAAAGGCAUUCAAUGUCGUCUUUGAGAAAGCCAUUCAACGGACUCCUCCAGCAGAAGAUGUGAAACACAGAGUGAUCAACCUAACUGACGAAAUCACCUACUCCGUCUACAUGUACACUGCUCGGGGACUUUUUGAGAGAGACAAGCUUAUUUUUCUAGCCCAAGUUGCCUUUCAGGUCUUGUUGGUGAAGAAAGAAGUGAAUCCGGUGGAACUAGACUUCCUUCUGCGCUUCCCCUUUAAAGCUGGGCUGGCAUCUCCAGUAGAGUUCCUGUUAGGCCAAGGAUGGGGUGGAAUUAAGGUUUGUUUGAAAAUACUGUUUCUAGAGUGAAGUCCUUUUUUAGGA